AUGUCAGACUCUCCGGAAUACGAAUUGACGUAUAAGGUUGGGGUGGCCGAAAAUAACAACUCCAAGUUUCGGAAAACGAUGGAAGAUGUUCAUACAUACGUUGAGAAUUUUGCAUCAAGGCUAGAUUGGGGUUAUUUUGCUAUCUUUGAUGGACAUGUAGGAAGUGAGGCUUCUAAAUGGUGUGGAGCGAACUUACACAGAUACUUGGAACAGAAAAUAUUAGAGGAUGAGGCCCGUGAUCUGAGGGAUGUUUUGAAUGACUCGUUUGUGCAUGCAGAUAAUGAGAUUAACAAUGCAUUGAAGGGGAAUAGCGGUUGCACUGCAGCCGUCUGCGUGUUGAGAUGGGAAAUACCUGAUACCACAGUGCCCAGUGAGGACGAAACGAUAAAUUUACAACAACAUAAGAGGAUGUUAUAUACAGCGAACGUUGGAGAUACAAGAGUGGUACUUUUCAGGAAUGGCAACAGUAUACGAUUGACAUAUGAUCACAAGGCUUCGGAUAUUCUGGAGCUGCAGCGUGUUGAAAAUGCGGGUGGUUUAAUAAUGAAGAGCAGAGUCAAUGGGAUGCUGGCUGUUACCAGAUCACUUGGUGAUAAGUUUUUUGAUUCAUUGGUAGUGGCAAAUCCAUUUACGACAAGUGUUGAGAUUACAACGAGUGAUCAGUUCUUAAUUAUUGCAUGCGAUGGGUUGUGGGAUGUGAUAGAGGACCAUGAGGCGUGUGAGAUGAUAAAAGACAUAAAUAAUCCCAAUGAAGCAGCAAGAGUAUUAGUAAGAUAUGCUCUUGAGAAUGGAACCACAGAUAAUGUGACCGUAAUGGUAAUAUUUUUGGAUACUUCGCAGGAGAACUGA